AACGGCUUUAAUGUGCACUACCAUGAUGAUACAGCUUUGGUCAACACAAAAGGUCCACCCAUUAGUUGUAUAUCGCAGUAUAUAGUAAGCUGUUUUAAAACUAUUCAUGAAAUCUAAUAUUUUUGUCAGACACAGCUGAAUAAUUGAAACCAAAAAAUGGUAAACAGCAGUAGAGAUUAUGUUGAGUCCAGGAAACAACAGCCUCAUGUACUGUAGGCAGAUACUGUAGUCCAGUGUUAUAUUACAUACAUUCCUGAAGUUUAUCCCACUUUAUAAGUGUGUAUGUGCAUGUUAGUUUAUGUGUGCAGUGUGUGGUGCACAAAGACCAAAGCCAGUGUCAUUUGACAUUGUUUUUACACACACAAAUCACACACCAACCAGUGCAGCCUGUAGGACAACAGGGCAAACACAGCCCCCCUCAGGCCGGAACCUAAUUGUUAGCCACUGUUGUGCCUAGUCCGGGGAUUAGCUACUGGCUGGGGAGUACUAUUCACUCCCUCUUUCAUUCCCUCUGCCCACUGGGCCUUAUCACCAUCAAUCUGACACCCUGUUUAUCUGAUGCUGCAGCCAGAUCUGCUGGGCUUGGAGAAAUGUUCACAAAGGCCAUGGAUCAUCAGCACUUUGAUUGUGGGACCCCAAAUGGCCAUUACUCUCUCUGGCCCCAGUGAUCCCACCAGUGCUCUGUCUCCAUGAUCCCUAUGCUGUGGUUAGUCCCAGUCGCAGAACCUGGAAAGCCAACCUGAAGUCCUGUCACUUUGUGUGUGUUUUGUCAUUUAUACUCUUCGUUCAUCUCACACAAAAGUGCUUCUUCAGCUGGUGGACAGGUUCUCCAUGUGGAUUGGUUUGUUGCGGCACACUGUUUCUCUCUGCCUUUUUUGCUCUGUUGGCUGCCUUACAAUACCAGUAACCAGGGAGUUACCGGCAAGUGUAGGAUCUGGAGUUUACCACCACCAUCUGAUUACUGCGUCAAGUUAGCUUCAUUGUGUUAAAGAAGAAGAAAGAAAAGCAAACAGACUUUACCAUCAUGGCUUCUUUUAAGCUGGAUUUUCUCCCCGAGAUGAUGGUGGACCAUUGCUCUUUGAAUUCUAGUCCUGUUGGAAAGAAGAUGAAUGGGUCUCUGGACCACCCUGACCAACCAGAUGUUGAUGCGAUUAAGAUGUUUGUGGGACAGAUCCCACGGUCCUGGUCCGAGGAGCAGCUUCGUGAGCUGUUUGAGCCUUAUGGAGCUGUCUAUGAGAUUAAUGUUCUUCGAGACCGUAGCCAGAACCCACCACAGAGCAAAGGCUGCUGUUUUAUAACGUACUAUACUCGCAAAUCAGCCUUGGAAGCACAGAAUGCUCUGCACAACAUGAAGAUUCUGCCAGGGAUGCACCACCCAAUCCAAAUGAAGCCUGCUGACAGUGAGAAGAACAACGCGGUGGAGGACAGGAAGCUGUUUAUUGGAAUGAUCUCUAAGAAGUGUAAUGAGAACGACAUCCGACUGAUGUUCUCACCAUACGGACAGAUAGAGGAGUGCCGAAUACUGCGAGGCCCUGAUGGACUCAGUCGUGGUUGUGCGUUUGUGACAUUCACGGCAAGACAAAUGGCACAGUCAGCCAUCAAAUCCAUGCACCAGUCUCAGACCAUGGAGGGCUGCUCAUCACCCAUCGUGGUGAAGUUUGCAGACACUCAGAAGGACAAGGAGCAGAAGCGCAUGGCCCAACAGCUGCAGCAACAGAUGCAGCAACUCAGUGCUGCCUCCAUGUGGGGGAACCUUACUGGGCUCAACAGCCUGGGGCCACAGUACCUAGCAAUCUACUUACAGUUGCUGCAGCAGUCAGCCUCCACAGGGAAUGCACUCAACAACCUGCACCCUGUUUCAGGUCUUAAUGCCAUACAGAACCUGGCUGCUUUAGCAGCAGCAGCAACUGCCACACAGGCCACGCCCACAGGCUCCAGCGCCAUGACAACAUCUAGUAGCCCACUAAGUGCACUAACAAGCUCAGGCUCCUCUCCCACCUCCAGCAGCAACUCCUCAGUGAACCCUAUGUCUUCUUUGGGUGCUCUGCAGUCUCUCGCUGCUGGUGCUGGAGCUGGCCUCAACAUGGGCUCCCUGGCAGGCAUGGCGGCACUAAAUGGCAGCCUUGGCUCCGGAGGCCUGUCUAAUGGCUCAGGAAGCACCAUGGAGGCCCUGAGCCAGGCCUACUCAGGCAUCCAGCAGUAUGCUGCUGCCGCUGCCAUCCCCAGUUUGUACAACCAGAGUCUGCUGCCCCAGCAAAGUGUGUCAGCUGCAGGCAGCCAGAAAGAAGGACCAGAAGGCGCCAACCUCUUCAUUUACCACCUGCCCCAGGAGUUUGGAGACCAGGAUUUGCUCCAGAUGUUUAUGCCCUUUGGAAACGUCAUCUCUGCUAAAGUCUUCAUUGACAAACAGACAAACCUCAGCAAGUGCUUUGGCUUUGUGAGCUAUGACAACCCGGUGUCAUCACAGGCAGCCAUCCAGUCAAUGAAUGGUUUCCAGAUCGGUAUGAAGAGGUUGAAGGUGCAGCUGAAGCGCUCAAAGAAUGACAGCAAGCCCUACUGAUGGUGCUGAGGCACUGCAGACUUAGUUAGGCAGGGUGGUGUUAUGGUAAGUGGAGUAUGAAUAACCAAGACUGGUCCACAGAAACUUGUCUGCAUUACAGUGUGGUGUCUGCUGCGCUGCCUCUCCUGGUCAUUGUACCGUGUCCAGGCAAAGACACACAUGAAGCUACAUGCAAGAGAUUUUGGGCUAGACUGGAUUCUUCCUGUGUUCUGUUGUGGUUUAUGCACUUUGUUUUCAUUUUAACAAAUGAGAGAAACAGGUGUAUUUUAAUUUAAGUUGAAAUGUUAUCAGUUUGCUGUGGUAUAUAAUAAAUAUAUGAGUUAAUUGUUAGGAUAUGUUGCACUUUGACAGUCAGGUGCCAAACCCAUGUGUUUUUUUACUUCCUGUUCCCCCUGCACUCCACCACCACCCAGACUCAGCUUAAAGCUCCCUCACACAGGAGCUACAUCAGAUUAGAAAACAGAAGUCAUCACUUUUUUUUUACAAACCAAAUGUGUGGUUUCCCUUCUGUAUUAGGCAUCUGUAUUAUCUCUUAACAUGGAAACCGUGUAUGUGAUCUACACCUAAAUUUGUAGUGAGGUACAGAGGCUCAGAUUGUUCUUAAGGAGGAGCUCCACUAACACAUGCAGACAUAUGGACGCAUUUGUCCUCAAGCAGUGUGUGUGCGUCUUUGGUAGUGACAACAUAUCCUUCAUCAGUGACUGCUGUGACAGUUGGGCUGUAAGCAGCCUGUUCUUGUUCUCUGGUGUUUCAACUGAGCUAAAAUGACUGAGGUCAGGCUUACAUCCUCCUGUAACCUCCCUGAUAGAAGGAGAGAAGCUCGAUGGCCUCUGUUAACAGUCAAAUCUUAAAAUGACGCAUUAAUGCUAGUCUGUAUCUGAAGUGUCUGGCAGCUGUUGCAUGGCUUACACUAAUCAAGUAGCCUCAGGUAGAUGAGCACACGUUUGCCUUUAGGUUUUGUUGUGUAUAAACAUUGGCUGGAAUUGAUUUCUGUAUGACACAAAUAUUAUUCUUCUGUUCCCCAGUGUGUUUUCUUUUAGUUUACAACUUUCUAAUGCAGCUGAUAUUGCAUGUGUGAGUAUAAUCUAACCCCAGCAUGUUUUGGUGGUGCUCCUUCUGUGCUGCUGCACUCUGAGUGACUCAGAUAAAUAUGAGUCCGUCUAAUGGAGAUUCAAAGCCUCAAUGAAAUAUAUUUUCUGGUUUUAGUUUGUUUCUACUUUGAAAUCAGGUGAUUUUUUAAAGAUUCAUCGCACCCCCACCUACUGUCCUGCUAGUUAGCGGCCAGCUAAUCUACAGAGGGCUACACCACUAUGUCUCUCACUGGAUCUCUUCUGUGAUUGGAGAACUCAUAUAAAUGUCAAAUUACUCAAGACAAACAUGUUAGUUGCUUAGACUUCCAUAAAAUCAUGUGUAAGUGCUUGUGUGUGCGUGCGUGCGUGCGUGUGUGUUUUUUUUAAAUAGAAUUAGUUGGCAAGACAAUUGUUGAGAUGUAUAUUUAAACUAUUUUGCCUUUUCUAUUUUUAUAUAGGUUUUAUACUUCCCCUGUGUGUUGGGGAACUAUUUAUUGCCUAAAUUAUUUAUCUGAAUAGAAAUUAUUUUGAAAGACAAAUGUGAAGUCCAACAAACUCCACUUGAUCUCCUGGUGUGUGUCCUCUCUUUGCCUGUUCAGCGUUGUUUCCUUUUUGGUGAUGUUUACUAUGUGUCAGUGUGGCAUGGACUGUGUGUGUAGGAUCCAUCAGUGCUGCUACAGACUUCAUAGAACCCUUUCUCUGUCAUACAUGCCUCCAUCUGAAUAAAUAAUUUGCCAAAAAAUAACACAGGGAGCAUAGUUUAUUAUAUAAGUCCAUUUUAACAUGUGCCUGUUGGUCCUGUCUUUCUAUAUACAUAUAUAGCCAUCCAAUAUGUGACAUCAACACAUGUGCACCAAUACUUGGCUGUUUCUCUAAUGUAAGAACUAGUUUUAAUCCAAGUCUGAGUCUUCUGCAGUGAGACGUUCAGAGAACAUGUGUGAUGGAGGUCUGACCAGGGCACUCAGUCACAGGGUCAUUCAUGUAAAAGCAGCUGCAGGUCACCAUGUUGUGUGUAAUGUUGUCCCGUUCACUUAAUGUUGUGUUCUUUUUGGGAGUUUCUUAGUAUAUUGUAAACUGUAUAAACAGGAUUCUUACUAUUGCACAAAAAUCAUGAUGAUGUGUCACGGUCAUCAUGUCUAAUCUAUCGCUGUGUUGUGCUUUAAGACUUGUUUGAUUCUAUAUGUAUUUUUGAAUAUUAAGACAAAAAAAAUGCUUUAUUUAUGCACCGUGAAGUAUUAAACAAGUCCAAAGUGGUCACUGAUGGGGUCAUGGCAUCAUGACCCACUAGUCCAUCACGUGAACUGGACCACUGAACAAAAAUGUUGCAGGGUUGAAAUAAUGAAAGCUCGACAAGACCCCCAUGAUUUGUCAGGAAAUGCUGCUUACAUCAUGAUGAGUGCUGCAGAUAAAUGGAUGUUACACUGAUUGCACUGGUGGUGUGAAUUGUAAGUUACCAAUAACCUUAGUUCACCUUCUGUCUCUACUGUAUAUGGUUAGAGCAUCUCAUCUUUAGAAGAUGCUGCCUCUCCAGCAAGGAUACAGCCCCUGAACUGAGACAUUACUGCCUUAUUAAAUGUUAUGCACAUGAGAGGUGCAGGAAAAAUAUACCUUUUUAAAUUUUUAAACCAAAGUCAAAAAGAUUCAAUUAAAAACCAAAACUCCCAAUGUGUCAGUCUGUCUCUCAAUACUGUCCCUGCUCUAUCCGUGGUUCUCAGCCUCCAAGUCCUCCCAAUUGCAUAUGAACGAGCUAGACACUUGGUGUUUUGGCAAGUGUUAAUCAAACAGGAGGAAAGAGUGUUUGUGUUUGAAACUAUUUUCCACACUAGGAGGAUUAGUGACUAUUUGAGGUGUGUGUGUGUGUGUGUGUGUGUGUGUGUGUGUGUGUGUGUGUGUGUGUGUGUGUGUGUGUGUGUGUGUGUGUGUGUGUGUGUGUGUGUGUGUGUGUGUGUGUGUGUGUGUGUGUGUGUGUGUGUGUGUGCGCGCGCGCUCGCCCGUGCUCGUAGGUGUGUGUGUGCUCGUAGGUGCUGUGGCCUAUAAACAGAAUAUCACUGGACUUAUGUUAAUUGUGGCUAAAAUAGAUUUGAAGUCAGAAGUGAAGCAGGAGUCACAUAAAUCAGCAAAUGGAUUAUGAUAAACCUCCAUGUGUAAACAGAAAGAUGAAAGUAACAUCUAUUAACUACAUAUCAUGUAUGCCAUGCACAACAGAUCUGUUUUGGCUUCAGCCAUUGCCAUUGGUUUCCAUUCAUUUCUGUUUGGCAUAAACAUGUUAUUUCAGACUAGAAACUUGCCCAUAAGACUGUUACUAAGCAACAGUAAUGUAACUGUAGCAUAGAGUCCUAGAUUUUCAUAUCUUAAAGAAAUGAAUGGAAACAAGAGACUGCUGCUGUGUUGGCAGAAAAAGUACAUACAUCUAUCUAUGAAAUGAAGCAGUAUAAUUUGCACAUAGUUGUGAGGUUGAGUAUUAUUUUUGCUAAAAUGAACAAAACAUGGAUAUUUUGUGAUAUGAUACUUUAAUUUCCAUUUUGAAAAUAAUUGAUCAAACCCAUUUACAAAUGUAGUCAGUUAUAAACAGAUGGAGUAACAUGUUGUAUGUAACAUAUUACUUUUUUUAAACAAUUCACUGAGCAGUAAUAAAAAUGUCAUUAUUCCAGUGGUACUCUCGAGCCACCAUAUUAGAUGAGCUCUUUUAGAUUAUGUGUGCUCGACUCUAGCUGCUGAUCCAGACCUCUGGAUUCCUGCUGUGACCUGCAUGUCGUCACAGAUUCUGUGCUGUCAUUUUAUUUAGGCUGUCAUAUGUGUGUGUUUUGUGUUUUUGUUGUCAUUCCCCUCAGUCUCUGGUAACACGUGGUCCAUCUUCACUCUGUCCCUGACACUGACUGUUGAGUGUUUAGACUGUAAUCAACCCUACACAAAGAUAAAUCAUUCUUGGUUUCUUUGUUUCUCUCUCUCCUGUCUGUGUUCCAUUGCUGUUUAACCUAGGUUUGUCUCCCUGUUGUGUUUUUCUUUUUGUUUUUUCUAGAUCUCUUCCUGUUUGCCCUAGCAUGUUGAUGUGGCGUCACAGUUCAUCGUCCAGUCCUUGUGUUUCCUGCGCUUCUCUGAUGCUUCAAAUUUCACCUUUGACAUGUUUGACAUUGAUUUCCAGGAUGUUUUGUUUUUUUGUUUCCUAUAUGUCCUCUGUGUUGUCAACAGGGGCACUAGAAAGACUGCCACUGAAUAUGUUUCAAAGUUACAUUAGAGUUAUUACAAGCAAAUAAGAGAAUCUAUUUUUCUAGAAGUGACUGACAUAACCACUAGACUUUUUUUUUUCAAAAUCUGUUUGACAUGAGUCUGAGCUUUAACUUUGUUCUAAUUUUUUUAGUUAUCGAGCAGUCCUCCCAGUGCCCCAUCGUGUGUGUGUGUGUGUGUGUGUGUGUGUGUGUGUGUGUGUGUGUGUGUGUGUGUGUGUGUGUGUGUGUGUGUGUGUGUGUGUGUGUGUGUGUGUGUGUGUGUGUGUGUGUGUGUGUGUGUGUGUGUGUGUGUGUGUGUGUGUGCGCACAAGACUGUGACUGACAGCAGCUUUUUUUUCCAGACGAUUUGCGUGAGUUCGUCUUUGGGAGUUCCCAUUUGAGAAAUGUUAUGAGGAGGUAACAUUUAAUGUGAGUGUAAGAACAAUAAAAUAAAGUUUUUAAGUUUGAGCUUGUGAACUCACCACUGCAAGCACAUGAUGCAUUUCUGCUCUUUCUUUUGUGGAGAAUCAGACAUCAAAUCCACAGCGGAGAGACUUUUGUCACGAUACAUUUAGUAUUCAUGUUUUUUUUUUAAAUAUAUAUAUAAUAAUCUGCAAUGAAAUUCUUGGUAAAAUGUGAUCUAGUUUGUGUUAACUUAAAAAUUAUGAAUAAACUGGUGCCAAAUGUUUCGCACAAUCACUAUU